ACAGGAGAGGAGGACGGCUGUAAAGAGCCUUCAUCGUGUUUAGAGGAUGGACGAUACGGUCCAGUGCAGUGCAAGGGUGACAUGUUCACGGGAAGAUGUUUCUGUAGCGACGAAGAUGGCAACAGGAUAUUUGGACAGAUGUGGAGGAGCGAGGCCAGUGAAAUGACUUGCGCCUGUAGUAGAAGAAGAGCGGAGCUAGAAGCUCAAGGCAGAAGUGACGUGACUCUUCACUGUACUUCGAUUGGCAACUAUGAGCCGUUGCAGUGUGAUGAUGGAUUCUGCUGGUGUGUUGAAGCUAGCACUGGACAGCCAACAGUACCGCCGGUGCCGGAGGAGAAUAUGAAGAUGUUAUCGUGUUAUAGCGCCGCAAUGAUGGGAGAGCAGUACCUCCGCCGCUGCGAAAGCCUCGUGUACGCAUUAGGCAUGAUCAACCAAGAGCAAUCUGAGCACGGGACCAACUUCCUAGGAAACCCCAAUACGUUCUGCGAUUACGACGGAAGCUACGGGCCUUAUCAGAUCCAGAACGGCGUUGCCUAUUGCACAAAUAAGGAGGGAGAAAUUUUAGGCGCCUGGCAGGCCAUGUCGAGUGAAAUGGCUGGAAUGAAUUGCAACUGCGCUCGUGACACAAUGAUGUAUUUCCCCGAACUCGGCAUGACCGUCACGGAUGUCUGCCAAGGCAACGGCAACUACCGCCCUAAUCAAAACGUUGGCGAUGUCUAUUAUUGCGUCGACAGGGAUGGCUAUUACAUCGAGCUGCUGGACGCGUGGCCUGCUGACCAAUGUGCCAGUUACGCAUAAACAAAACUGUCUCAAUCUAUU